GUAUAUUUAUACUGGUACGCUUUCUUUGGUUUCGUAUGAUGAAAAACAAGUGCUGGAAAUCCUCAAAGUCGCUCAUAUGUAUGACUUCGUUAAACUGGAAAAAGCCAUCGUUGAGUACCUCAAGAUAAAUUCUGAAGAAAUGAUCAUGAGCUGUGUACCGCUUUCACAUAUCAAUCGUCAAGAUCUUCUGAAGGAAGUGCGGCAAUCAGGCCUUCUCAGAGCAGAUACCAUACUGGAUGCUAUUGAAAAGCAAGAAAAUCGCAGAGACACUAACGAACGCCGACGACAUUUCCACUCAAAAUGGGAAAGAACAAGAAAACCACCGAGUUUGUGUUUAGUUUCCCCUUCCGGUGAGAUCGAUCACAGCAGACUUGUGUCGCAGGACAUGGCACCAAUGUAUUUGAGUCCAGAUUUGUCUGACGUCACAUUCGUGGUUGAUGAGAAAGCCUUCGCUGCUCAUAAGAUGCUCCUAGUUGCUCGUAGUAAAUACUUCAGGCAGGAAGAGUUUUGUGAUGUUCUGAUCGCGAAAACUCGUUUUUGUCCAUUUCUUUUAGGGCCUUGUUUCUUGAUGGGUUGA